AUGCAUCUACGCCAGGGAACAGCAUGGUAUGCUCUUGCCCUCUUUCACCUUGCAAGCACAGUUCGUGCAAAGAAUGAGUGCCAACCUAUAUACUGGAACCCCGGUCAAUUUGAGAAACGGACCUUGGACAACACCACCAUCUCCGGCUCCCCGGCCGCAACGUCUACUGCUGUCCCCGUGCCGGUCCCCAUCAGCAACCUCACCAGCAGCGGAUAUGUCCCCCCGGUCAAGUUAACUGUCCGGUAUACCGCCUCGACGGAAGAUAUGGACAUCAACUACUAUACUUGUACCUAUCUAGCCAACAGAUACGGCAUCUCUGUCGAAGCCUUCUUCAAGUUGAAUCCGACAGUGCAUUCUGACUGCGGGAACAUUGAAGCCGAUACCGAGUAUUGCGUGAGAGGCUUCAUCGAGCCUCUAAGAGCUUAUGACGGUCUCUGCGGCCCCCCAAACAACAAUGCUACCUGUCUCGGCGUGAAAUUCGGCCAGUGCUGUAACGCAAACACUUGGAAAUGCGGCGACUCUGAAGAAGACUGUGCACCCGGGACCUGCUACGAAGGCGCAUGUGCAGGAGAUUCUGUCUACACCACAGACGGCAAUUGCGGCAAGCAGCAUGGCUACAAGCAGUGUGCUGGUGUAUGGGGUGAUUGCUGCAACGCAGCCGGAAGAUGUGGUACAGGCCCUUCAUUUUGCGGAUACGGCCAAUGCCAACUGGGAAAUUGUUCCCUUGAUCCAUCUUCUUCUUCGACAACCACCACCACCACCACGUCAAAACCCUCAACCUCGACCUCAACCACCACGACCACCAGCAGCCCUAAAACCACCACCUCCGCGCCCGCUACCAAAACGAGUUCCUCCACGACAUCCAAAUCGAGCACCGCGGCAAUCACUACGAGCACGAAACCUCCUAGCACUACAAUCCCCGGUCUAGCUGCUUUGCCCUCAUGUGGCCAGACGUGCUUCAACAACAUGCUUGCUCAGUAUUCCGCCCUGGGAUGUGCCGCUCGAGACGGAUACUGUCUAUGCAACAACGUCGACUUUAAGAAUGGCAUUCGCGAUUGUUCAAACGGGGCCUGUGGAACUGCUGUGGGCAGUACUGUGAUCGCUUUCGGAGAUGCAUACUGCUCCACGGCUUUUGCUACGCACACCGCCACGGCCACCACGGGCGUGGCUGCUCUGCCCUCUUGCGGUCAGACGUGCUUCAACAACAUGGUGGCUCAGUAUUCGGCUCUGGGUUGCGCUAGCCCGGAGCCGUCUUGUCUCUGCAAGAAUGCCAACUUUGGAUACGGUUUGAGGGAUUGCUCGAAUGGCGCUUGUGGGACGGCUGCUGCUUCCAGUGUUAUGGCUUAUGGAAGCUCGUAUUGUGCGUCUGCCACGGCGGCUCAUUAG